CACGCUGCUCCACUCUUUCGUGCCUUCACACUUUCUAUUAAAAGUUUCACUUUCUCCGGCCAAAUUCCACUAUCUUUUGUUCUUUCCCAGUGAACAUUAAGAAUGGCGGAAAAAGGAGGAAAAGGGUUUUCUCUACCAAAAAAUGGAAAGUCUGCCCUCAAAUCUCCUGCUUCCAAAGGGAAGGAUGAUAUCUCAGCGAAAUCAAAAAGAGGAAGGAAAGUUCAGUUUGAUUCUGAAGGAUCACUGGAUACCAAUUUCACAAAAUCGAAUGGAAAAGCUGAUCAACCAUCUUCCAAAGGUGUUUCCGGCAAAGGCGGUAAAGGAGAGAAAGCUGGCAGUGCUGGUAAAAGUCAAACAGCAAAAGCACCUGGUCCUUUGGAGCUUAGAGUUGAACAAGAACUUCCGGACAAUACGGCAUGCCUGAUGGACUGUGAAGCUGCUGAUAUUUUGCAAGGAAUCCAAGAGCAAAUGGUGGUAUUGUCUGAAGAUCCAGCUAUAAAACUACCUAUUUCAUUUGACAGGGGAUUGGCCUAUGCACAAAGGAACAGGCUUUACGAUAAUCCCGAGAUUGUCAAACAAAUACUCAAACCUCUAAAGGAGCAUGGUGUUUCCGAUGGGGAGCUCUGCAUGAUUGCCAACUUUGCCGUGGAAUCUGUUGAAGAAGUAUUUGCUCUUGUUCCCUCACUUAAGACUAAAAAGAGCAAGCUGAGAAUUCCCCUCAAGAAUGUCUUGGGUGAACUAGCCAAACUUAGAAGGCCAGCGUAAAGGGGGCUCAAAACGAGCAUUAUAUGGUAUGUUUGUGGUCAGGUAUCUGUACAGGGUUCUGCAUUAUCGCUAAAGGGCAUGUCCGACAGUUUAGGCGACCAGCAACAGAAGUUUUCUUUCUUAUUUUACCUGUCAUUUGUUCUGGUUAUUAGCUAGGAUUUUCAGCGGCAGUGUAAAUCUGUUGAUCGCGUCGUUCUUCUCUUCUGAUUCCCAAAAGAAAAUGCCCUCUAAUUGAAUGACUCUUUCCUGCCAAGAAACAACAAACGGAUGAAAAAAGUAAAAGUUGUGUUUCCUAGUAGCUAUUGAAAACAUUGCCAAAACUUGAUGCAGAAACCCCCCCCAAAAAAGACUUGAUUUUAGCUAUAUUGUUGUGCUAAUGCAUAAGAUUUUGGUGAGAUAACUGAAUCUGAGGCCAUGAAUGAUUGAAGAAUGAAGAAGUUUACAAAGU